AUGGCCGUCGCGUCCGUGCGUGCAUGCACCUCGUCGUCCGCUGAGUACCCGUCGUUCGCGGAAGCGCUGCGCGCCUGGAGGAGCCGCGAAGCGGUUAAGCCGUCCCGCGCGCAAGUUGAAGUGCCGCUGAGCUGCGCGAUUGCAUGUGCGGUGCCUUGUGAGCCAACUGUUGAAGUUGAAGCGAUUGUUGAAGUUGAAGCGACUUCCCAGGCGAUUCCCGAGGAGAUCUCGACUUGUGAAUCGACCCAGCUGCAAGUGACGCUGAGCUCCGCGCCUGCUGCAGAGGAGGAGGAGACGGAGGCGGAUCUGAAGAGUGACUGCGACCAAACGAGCGCUGGCAGCAGCGACAGCAAGGACACCGUUUCUGUCAGCUUUUCUGUCAGCAAGAGCAACGUCACGAGUUGCAGCACAGGAGCGCGUGUGAAGGUGGAUGGUGUGGAUGGGAAGGCAUGGAAUGCACGUGGGGGUGCUCUAGCCCACCAGAAGCCCACAGCAAGCAGCAUGAGGCAGCAGCAGGAGAGAGAGCACGCUGUGAAAGUUGGGUCGGGAAGGAUUUGCCGAGAACUUGAACGAGGCAGAUGUCAGGAUUCAACGCCCACGAAGUCGCGAGAUGCGGCAUCUGCUGAGGGGAUGAAAGGCGGCGAAAGAAGCGCAUCUGAGCACCCAGGAGUGCUGACUGUGAGGGUUGUGCUCAUCAUAUGCGUCCUGCGCGGCCAGCCCCCCUAUGCAGAUGGGGCUGCGCACGAUAUGGGAGAAGCACUACGAGGAGGGACCUGGUCGGCCAGGUGUGCGGGUGAGAGGGGGAGGGGAUGGAUGGGGGGCGGGAAAGUGGAGAGCGAGGAUGGGUGGAGUGCAGAUUGGGGAGUGGAGAUCGAGGGAGGGUGGAGAGGAGGGGGGGAGGGGGAUCAGGGAGAAGGAAGAGGCAUGCUGAAUGUGGGCGGUUGUGCUCGUCUUCCCCUUCCCCUUCCCUCCCCCAUCCCUUCCCCUUCCCUCCCCCGUUCCUUCCCCUUCCCUCCCCUGUGCCUUCCCCUUCCCUCUCCUGUCCCUUCCCCUUCCCUCCCCCAUCCCUUCCCCUUCCCUCCCCUGUCCUUCCCCUUCCCUCCCCUGUCCCUUCCCCUUCCCUCCCCUGUCCCUUCCCCUUCCCUCCCCCAUCCCUUUCCUUUCCCUCCCCCAUCCCUUCCCCUCCGCUCCCCUGGCUGCUCUGCUGGGGAGUUGAUCUAUGUGGUGGACGCUGCCUGCUCCGAGAGGAUGCAGAUUCGACGAUGCUCGGACCUGCCCUGGGCAGUGGGCGAGGAGGACUUGACUCACUGCCUGGAGCUGAGGGACCUCAAGGGGCGCUCCGCCAUGGUCAUGCCCGUGUGCGCCCAUGAUGGCACGGGGGUGAGGGAGGGAGUGACGUGGCUGGUGGAGGCAACGAGCAGAUGCUGCUGA